CGGUAUAGUGCCUUAGAGAACACAAUCCAUGCAAUAUGGCCUCCAAGCAGUCAACGGUAGCGUCCUUCAUCGAAUCAGCGCCGCCGGGAGAGCUAUCCAAUGUGCUGGCUGAUGUCAAAUCACUCGUCCCAAAAGAGAUACAAUCACUUGGGUCGGCGUUCAAGAAGUACAAUGAAGCGCAAUAUGCGAUCGUCAAGCUCAAGAGCGGAGAAGCAUCCCUCAUAACACCCUAUAAUUCCAUAUCAGAGGAUAAGUACUACGACACAGCUCACAGCAUCUCUUUCCGCGUCGACCAUACCUCGCAGUCUGCUUCGGAUGAGGAGCAACAUACCAUCGAAUCACCGCAUGCAGGUACGAUACGCUCGCUCCACAAGUCCUUCGCAGCCGCCUCCGCCGAGCACUUUCCUUCGUCAACCAUCGGCAUCUUUCCUAGCGACAACAGCAUCGCCAUCCUACUCGUUGCAAACAAGUACUCACCGCAGAACUUCUGGAACGGCCGAUGGCGCUCGACCUACCACCUCAAUCUGUCAUCCAACAGCGUGACUGGGUCGAUCAAGGUAGACGUGCACUACUACGAGGAUGGCAAUGUCAGGAUGACCACAAGCAAGAAGGUAGAGUUAAGCAGCAGUGGUGCAGAUGCGGUGGUGAGGGAAAUUGCCAAGGCGGAAAACAAGUAUCAAGAGGAGCUGAACCGCGCGUUCACGACAUUAGCGGAGGGUAGCUUCAAAGGCUUAAGGAGGCAAUUGCCCGUUACAAGGCAGAGGGUGGAGUGGGAGAAGAUUGGCGGGUAUCGGCUGGGCCAAGACAUUGGCGGAGGUCGAUCGAAAUGAAGCAUGAAGACCGAGCGGGCUACGGUAG